UAAUCUCUCUUUUCUGCUUUUUACGUUUUCACACUUAGCUUCUAUUUUUUUAAAAUUCUUAAGUCUCUGAUAUCCUUACAUAGUAUCAGAGCUUGGUUCUCAUGGCGGCAAUCAAUAAUCCAGCUCCGAUGGUGAACUCAGCUCCAAUGGCGAGUGCACCUAGAUUCACAUCAACUCCAAUUUAUAUGAAGCUUGACGAUGAUAAUUUUUUGCAAUGGAAGGACCAGGUUGAAGCAUUGAUUGAAGGCAACGAUUUACUAGAUCACGUUAUAGGAUCAAGGAUUCCACAUAAAUUUCUUGAAAAUGGAGAAAUCAACUCAGAAUACCAGAGAUGGAAGAAACAAGAUGCACUGUUGAAAUCUUGGCUGUUAGCCUCAAUGACCAAGCCAUACAUGACCAGAAUGGUUGGAUAUACACCUAUCAAAUUUGGAACAGGGAAUUACAGUUGGUGAACUAGAAGCUGUAUUGCUUGCUCACGAGAGUAUGCUUGAAAUAUUCAGAAAAUCAGACUUAGAUCAAGUGUUGCAGACUAAUGUUGCUUAGUCCAGUCACACAAGACAGUUCGAACAAGAAACAUUUCACGCUAAUUUUGUGCAAAGGGGAGGAUUCAAAUGAGGAUUUCGUGGUAGAGGCAGGUACCAGAAUUUUAGAAACAUAAGAAGUCUACAAGGCUAUGGGAGGUGUCAAUCAGCACAGCCAGAUUAUGAAAGAGGACAACAGUUCUAUGGCAGGAAUCAGCCUGCACAAUCAGAUCAUAAAAGAGCACAGCAAGUGCAAUUUUUCUCAAACAGGCCAGGAAACCAAAGCUAUGAACGAAUGCAGAGAGGCCACAAUGCCAACUAUGCAACAA